UCUUGAUAUGUCUGCUGCCAUCAUGUCCGAGGAAACCAAAAUGGAAACUGCUCCCUUUGAUCCCCGUUUCCCCAACCAGAACCAGACUCGGUACUGCUACCAGAGCUUUGUUGACUUCAACCGAUGCCAGAAAAUCAAGGGAGAAGACUAUGAACCAUGUGAAUACUUCAAGAAGGUAUACACCACCAUCUGCCCCAAUGCCUGGAUUGAGAAGUGGACUGACCAAAUAGAUAAUGGAAUCUUCCCAGGAAAAAUUUAAAUGUCACUUAUAUACAAAGAUAAAUUUACAGUUGUAGCAUAAUUUCAUGGUGGAUUGUUCAGAGCAAAUAGAGGAAAUUAAAAAAAAGGUCCAAUGUCAUUUCAUAUAUUGAAGAGUGCUUUUGAACAAUCUACAGAGGAAUGUUGCUAAUAUAAAGAGAAUAAAUAAACUCAUUUCCUGGUUUCUGAUCUAACAAGUCAUUGUUGUAGAUAUUUGUACAUUGAGAAAUGUGUUGAUGUAGAUAAACAAAAAGUAACAUUGCAGGAUAAUUUAUUUCCUUAAUGAUAUUCCAAUAAAUUUGUACAGACCAGG